AUGACAAUUGAAGAGCUAAAACUUUGUAUUCGUGAAAAGACAGAUGAUGAUGACGAUAGUUUUCAAAAAAUGUCUCUUUGCUUCAAUGGAUGUGUACUCUAUGAUGACAAGGAAACACUUCUAUAUUAUGAUGUAGAAGAAAAUUCUCGACUAGAAUUACAUGAUCUCACUGGGAAAUUCCGUAAUAUUGGUAAUAUGGGAAUGAAAUUUGUCGAUGUUAGCAAUGGUAGUGGUUUAAAACAGUGCGGAUGGUCUAAACAAGCACCACGAUGGCGAAUAGCUGCACGGGGAAUAUGUCUUGAAGGUAUAUGUAAAAAUUUUGCGUGUGAUGCUUUCGAACAACAAGUUGUCAUGCCAAUCGGCUACAAAAAAUUCGAUCUUGUAAAUUACGCAGAUGAAACUACAACAUUCUGUCCUGUGUGCAAACAAUAUGUUGAACCAAAAAUAUGUGGAUUUAAUAAUUGUUGGUGGAGAUUUGAGGGUAAAAAAAUAGAAGAUGGUAAACCACCAAAGAAAUGUUCGAGCGAUUGGAAACAAGCUGACGAUAAAUACUAUUAUUUUGAUGAUACAAAGACUCCUACGGUUACUUGGAGGCAGCUCAUACUCGAAGCAGUGAAACAAAAACCCAACAGUUGA